AGAAGGCAGCAGAUAGGAAUAGUGGGGGCCCCGCCAUGUCCGGCGACACAGAGGAGGUCACACGCCUGCGCAAACCCCGUUUCUCCUAUGAAGAGAACCAAAUACUUAUCCGAGAGGUGCGAGCUCACUAUCCCCUGCUUUACGGGGCACAGAGCAGGAGACUCAGUGUGUCAGAGAGGCGCCGUGUAUGGGAGGGCAUUGCCGCUCAGAUUAACGCUAUUACCAGUUGGAAACGCACAGCCCAAGAGGUCCAGAAACGCUGGAACGAUUUCAAGAGGCGGACCAAAGAAAAGCUAGCUCGUGUUCCCCACUCCACCCAGAGCGGGACAGCAGAGGACUCGCUAACUGCUGAAGAGGAGACGAUAUUCGCCAUCUUGGGUCCCGGGGUGAUGGCUGGGAGAGGCCACUAUAGCUCUGCCACACGGCUGGGUGCAAUGGAUUUCCAUCCAUUGGGCCCAGGAUCCUCCAGUGCUGAAAAUUCACUCAGUGGCCCAUUCUGCUCCCCUGAGGCUCCUAUUCUGCUGCACCCCAAGGAUUCCCCUUCCCCAACAUCUCAGCUUAACAUUGUCCAGUUGCCCCACAUGACUCCUACAUCCGACCGAUCUGAAGGGCAUUCACCACCACCUCAAGGAUCAGGAUCACCAAUGCUUUCCCCCAAUGGGAUAACCCCACACUUUGAUCCAGCUGUUGCUAUGCUAAGGGCUCAACAGGAGACAGCUGACGCAAUACGGCACCUUACUUACACCCUACGUCAAAGUAUGGACCGUUUGACCAAUGUCCUUGCAGCCAUUUUACCACUGGUGCCAACGUCACCUCCUCCUUCAGGGGUUAUUCCUUCAACCUAUUUUCCAACAAAGACGGAGCCCGAGGCUGAGCCAUGUGACCCUGUGAGUUAUGAAGACGAUGAGGAGGAGGAGGAAGGAGAGGCUAAUGAGAGAGGCGAAGCUGGUGCAGAAGAGACCAAGGAAGAUACAGCAGAGCCACCCCGUUCCCCUUCCCCACCACCUCCUAACAAGAGAAAAAGAUUUGGGUACCUGACUCCACGUAAGAGAAGAGGUCGAUGGAAAAACAUUUAGGAGCUAUUCGUCCUUUUGCCUUGCCUCUUAUUUUAUAUACAUUUUUUCCAUUUAAUUUUUUUUUUUUUUUUCGCCUCAAAAGGCUUGAGGGCGGCCAAUUUAAACUAACACCUAGCAGUAAGUCUGAUGCAUUUAAGAUUCUCUAAGCCUUCAGGACUUCGUCCCCCUUCAUUUAUCAUUCAUCCGAACUACAAUCUCUUUCUGCCUCCUCAGACAUCCAUGAGAAGCUAAAUAAACAAUUGGAGAACAAACAGCUAGCUGCACACAGCAAAAGUGAAACUGUUAGAAACUCAUUUCAUAUAAUUAUAAAUCUGAUAGCUCUCUCUCCUCCGCGUCACGCUUUUACUCUAAUUCCAAAAAGUAGUAGGUCUAGUUAUUUUAGUAAUAUUUAUUAGGUUUUUUUUGUUUAAUUAAACAAUGAAUUUGACACAAGAAAUGUAAAAUGGAAGCCAAAAUAGGGACUGGUAAACAUGCGCUAUGCCAACUAUAUAUGGCCUUAAAGGAUCACUAUAGUGUCAGGAAAACAAAGCGGUUUUCCUGACACUAUAGUGCCCCUUCAGCUACUUACCUUAAUCCAGCGCCGGGCUCCCUCGGAACUGGUGACCUCUCCUCCCACUCCGUCAGCUC